CGCGGCGCGGCGCGGCCAGAGGCCGCCCGGACGCAGAGGGGCCCUCGGAGCGGCGGGGAGCUGCCGGAGCGCGGCCGGCAUGAGCCAGGUGCCGAGGAAGCUGCAGGAGGAGGAGGAGGGGGACGAGGAGGAAGAAGAGGAGGAGGAGAUCGUGGGGCUGGCGGGCUACGGGGACGGGGCCGAGUCCUUCUCGGAUGGGGACGCGGAGAGCGGCGGCGACGAGACGUUUUUGGAUUUCAAUGAUCCCUUCAGUACCGAAGUUAAGCCAAGAAUCCUGCUAAUGGGAUUGAGAAGAAGUGGGAAGUCUUCCAUUCAGAAAGUUGUCUUUCACAAAAUGUCGCCAAAUGAGACCCUCUUCUUGGAGAGCACAAACAAAAUCUGCAGAGAGGAUGUUUCCAACAGCUCCUUUGUCAACUUUCAGAUAUGGGAUUUUCCUGGGCAGAUUGACUUCUUUGAUCCUACAUUUGACUAUGAGAUGAUUUUCAGAGGCACUGGAGCACUGAUAUUUGUUAUUGAUUCUCAGGAUGAUUAUAUGGAAGCAUUAGCUCGGCUGCAUCUUACUGUGACCAGAGCCUAUAAAGUGAAUCCAGAUAUCAACUUUGAAAUCUUUAUCCAUAAAGUAGAUGGCUUAUCUGAUGACCACAAGAUUGAAACGCAGAGAGAUAUUCACCAGAGGGCAAAUGAUGACCUUGCAGAUGCUGGAUUGGAGAAGAUUCACCUCAGCUUUUAUCUGACAAGCAUAUAUGAUCAUUCUAUAUUUGAAGCCUUUAGCAAAGUGGUACAGAAACUGAUUCCACAGCUGCCAACACUGGAAAACCUACUUAACAUCUUUAUCUCAAAUUCUGGGAUUGAAAAAGCGUUUUUAUUUGAUGUAGUCAGUAAAAUCUAUAUUGCAACGGACAGUACUCCAGUGGAUAUGCAGACUUAUGAGCUCUGCUGUGAUAUGAUAGAUGUUGUGAUUGACAUUUCUUGUAUAUAUGGGCUCAAAGAUGAUGGCACCGGGACUCCUUAUGACAAAGAAUCAAUGGCAAUCAUAAAGCUGAACAAUACAACUGUCCUUUAUUUGAAAGAAGUGACAAAAUUUCUUGCUCUUGUUUGCUUUGUAAGAGAAGAAAGCUUUGAGAGAAAAGGAUUGAUAGACUACAAUUUCCAUUGUUUUCGAAAAGCCAUACAAGAAGUAUUUGAAGUACGAAUGAAAGUAGUGAGAUCUCGAAAACAUCAAAGCCACGUGCGAAAAAAUAAAAGACCCACCCCCAAUGGGACACCAAGAAUGCCACUGUAACUGAGGCCUACUGGCACGUGGAGAGCAAAGCUUUUCUUCAAGUUGACGUGACUUCUGCAUCUCAUUGCACUGAGUGAAGAGGAAAACAAAUGGGACUGAUGUAUUAUAUGAAUUUUCCCUGACCCUUCAGAAAGCACUGUUUAAAUAUUUUUAUCCAGUCAGUUUUUUUCAUAUAGUGAGCACUUUGAGCAAAAUGUUGUAUGUAUAAGGAUUGAGGUGAACACUUGUAAGAAUUUUCUUAAUAUAUGCUGUAAACCUUUUUCAUGCCAUAUUAAGAAAAAUCAGCUGUGACAGAAAUACUGGGUACAUAAUUUGCACUUUUUCAUGUUUUCCUUGUGGAGUUGGACUUUGAUAAACUUAGUUUUUAUGGUGAUUUUGAUGCAUGGUGUCAGGUAAAAUGUAUGCUGUAGUUUAUUUACCUGCUAAAAUCAAAUUGGUUAGUAAACAAUCAAGAAAACUUGGUAUAAUGCCUUUUAAAAUUUGUGACAGCUAAUCCGAACAUUCAUACAGAACUAAUUUCAUAUAUUUUUCAAUUUGUAAACUGAAGAAUUCUUUUGAAGUAUGGUAGCAAUAAGCACCUUGCCAGAGAUCAUAACUGGUAGGUAAAUAUUAGCUUUUAUAAAACACGCUUUUGGCCAAAUUUUACCCGGAGUUCUCCAUAACACUGGUAAUGCCCUCUGCUGGGUCUAUUUUUACUCUUUACCUCAACAUAUACCACUAAAAUACCUUUCUAUAAAGAUAAUUGUUUUGUAAAAUGGCUCUAUGUUGCAUUGGUAUUUUUAUAAGGCUCUGGAGCAGGGUGGUGUAUGUGAAAGGUUGAAUUUACAUCGGUAAGCUUGUUUUGAGAGUCUGUGCAUCUGCAGUUGGUGCAGUGAAGAAUCUGUAUGUAUUUUCAUCCUGCCAGUACAAAAACUUCAGAUGUACUGGUAGGGAAUCCUAUAGAUGUUUGCACUGGGUACAUCUGCUAUUGAAAUCAAAAGAGAUCUUUAAAAUGAGGACUGGAGAAUCUACCUGCUGUAGUAAUCAGAAUGCAUAACUGCUUUUUAUUUUAAUAUUGAUUGUGGGUGCAUUUGUCACAGGAUCAACCAGGACACCAGAGCACUUUCAAACUUAAAAAGAAGUAAAACUUACAUUCUGAAUUCUGUAUUCACUGUUUUUGUUUAAUUAGUGAUGUAAAAUUUUAGUUCCUAGUGGGAAGAACAACUCUGGUGAGGGGAGCUGUGCUUUGCCCAAUCAUCAGCUAAUCUGCCCCUAGGUGAGACAGCUGUGGAGACAGAAGCAAGGACUGAAUUUGAAAGCUUUUUUUUUUUUUUUUUUUUUUUUUUUUUUUUUUUUUUAGCUACAGCAAAGCAUAGUGCUGCAUCUUUAUUUAUGAUUCAGGAGUCGCUGGUGUUUGCUAGCUUCUCUGGAAAAGUAAGAGGGUUUUAGCCUAUGAUAAACAAGUCUAAAUUCAGCAGUGGUUUGAAUGCAAAUGCAAAGUUCCUGUAUGCUCUAUACAGUAUGUUGACAGAUCUUCAGGCUCUGGUGCUGCACUGAGUACAUGAGCUAGAAGAGCCAUUUGGCACUGAAUGCAAAGGCACUCUCUACCCGAACAUCAGCCUAAAGAGAGACCAUGAUUUCCAUUUCUUUACUGCGGCCUGAUGCACAUGGCUUUGCUUAUUUAUCUUUCUGGAACAAAUUAGCUCUUCUGGCAUGAGUCUAUCAAAUAUAUGUGGAGUUCUUAGAAAAAGGAGUUAAUAGAUGGAGCUAGGCUACUAGUUUCACUUGAUAAGUAAUGCAGUUCUGGGUGCUUGGGAAGGUGGGAAACAGCAGAAAUAGACAAAAAUGUUGGUCCUGGUGCUAGUGUGAAGGAUAAUGACAGUAGCUGUAAUGAAAGCAGAAUGCUGCAAAAACACAGAGAGUUCAAAUUCCAGUUGGUACUGUUGCCACCCACCUUCUUAGGAGAGGGUGGCUCUUCUGACCAACCUCUCUGUUAAAGUAGAGCUUUCUUCAGAGUUCACCACACUGAUGAUGGAGAGUAGCUGCCUUUUGGCAACACUCUGUUCCACAGUACUUUCACUGAAGAGCAGCCAUAAUUUUUUUUUUUUUAACCUACCAUUGUGACCCAGUCUUCUUGCUUGCCUCCUUUCAGAUGUGUGUGAGUAUGAGACAAGCACCUACCAGGCUGUUUCAUUUGUUGGACCAGACACUUAAAAGAGUAGCAGUGUCUUUUCAUACUGCCUAUGGUAUGAAUCAUGACUAAAGAAUGUGGUUUCUGUAUGUUUGGCCUUAUGUGUGAGCAUUCAUAUUUUACACCUAUAUAACCAUGCAUACCCUCAUAUUUAGAGAGACAUUUACCUUAUUUAAGCCUUUCAUUUGCCAUUAAGUUAUCUCUAAUAGUUCCCUCCAGAAUUUGACAUACACUACGCUGUGUAAUUUAGUGGUACCAGAUGAAUUUUGCUAACAUAUAAAACUUCUAAUUGGAUAUUAUUAGGAUAAAAAUAAUUUUUAUAAGAUCUCUUAUGUUUCGAACACAUUUGAUUACAAAACUUACAGAAUAUUAAAAUUAUUGCUUAAUUUUGGUAUUUUCCAGUUUAGGUGAUAGCUUGUGUGUUUUACAUCUAGUCAUUUUCUGGUCAGUACUUCAGAUUUUCAUGUACUAGCUGAAGUGACUGAGCAGUGAGGCAUGCAAGGGAUUUUUCUUUUUCUUGAAGAACGUCUUAUUUUCAGUCUCUUGUUCUUUCUAAGUUUUACUGAGAUUCUAGUUUUUAUUUUCAAGGGAGGAAACAUCCCUUAGGCUACAGGACCUUGUUCUGACAAAGCACUGUAGAGAUAUGUAUUUUUUUUAAUUGGAAAUCAUGCAAGAAGUAAACAGUUUCUGAACCAUGUAA